AGUAGGCGGUGGUCGUGUUAUCGAGCGGCCCGGAGGUAGAAGUUGCGCUGCAGGGGUGGGACUUUAUUUCUGCAGUCAGUCGGUCGGUCGGUCGGGGUGAUCUGCGGCUCUGGCUGCAGAUUUGCAGACUCCAGUGACAGAAAGAGACGGACACCUCCGAGGUGAAGAUCAACCCUCCUCCUCUUCCUCCUCCAGCUGGCCGCGUCUGAAUGCUUCCGGAUGCGCUGACCCAGCAGGAGCAGCAGCGUGAACGCCGUUUCUCUCCCUUCUCUUCUCCCCCCUCAACGGGGUAAAUAAACCCGACCGGCACUGCUGUCAUCGGAUGGAGAGAACCGCCUGAAGAAGGGAGAGCGGUGGAGUUGGUCUACCCCCCCUCUCCUCCUCCUUCCUCCCUAUUGCACCAAAAGAAAACUCCCGGCCGGCUGCAGCACAAUGUCCUCGGCUCAGGGUGGGGAUAUAUCAGGCUACCAUGUGAGUGUGGUGCGUAACCCGCCGGGCUGGGAGGCCGGGAUCUACCUGGUGGGCUUUUUUGUGCUGCUGGGCCUGGCCGGGCUUAACAUCUGGAAGCUUUGGAAGUCUGGGACCUUCCCAACGCCAUCUCCCUUCCCCAAUUUUGAUUAUCGAUAUCUGCAAGAAAAAUAUGGAACCUCCUUCUCAGAAGUCAGACAGAAGAGAGUGGCAGCCAACAACCACCGACGAACCUCCACAACUUCCAGCCGUAAGCCCAGCCUGGCCCUUGGUGACACCCCAAAUGGCUUCAGGGACCUGGGCCAUCUGGAGCUGAUGAGCAGAGAGCUGGACCCGACGGGCAUAGCUCAGCUCAACCGAUCCAUCUCUACCGACUCACUCAGCUCCAUCUCCUCUAUUGCCAACAACUUCGGCAAUGAUUUCACUGUUGGCCAGCUGGAGGUGACCUUGGAGUUUGAGCCAUCCAAGCACCCAGGCCAGGGGGUGGGAUUGCUUCACAUCACCCUGCACCAGGGCAAAGACCUGCUGGAGAAGGAGGAAGGAGACUUCCCUGGCUGCUUCAUCAGAGUCUCCCUGGGACCAGAGGAACUUAAUGUGGGAGUCACAAGGGUGCAGACAAAUGCAUUCACCGUGAUCUUUGACGAGCGCUUCUCCAUCCCCAUGGACCCGUCCAGUCUGGAGGAGUACAGCCUGCGCUUUGCCGCGUUUGGUAUCGAUGCUGACGAAAGAAAUAUCAGCGCAGGCGUAGCAGAGCUCAAGCUGUCAGACCUGGACCUGACCAUCAGACCAUUCAAUGCCUGGCUCUAUCUUCAAGAUGUCAAUAAGGCAGUAGAUGCAGUCGGGGAGAUCUUACUGUCUCUCAGCUAUUUGCCAACAGCAGAGCGUCUCACUGUGGUUGUGGCUAAGUGCAAGAACCUGGUGUGGACCAACGGCAAGAACACUGCCGAUCCGUUUGUUAAAGUCUAUCUGCUGCAAGACGGCAGGAAGAUCAGCAAGAAGAAGACUUCCACCAAGAGGGAUGACACAAACCCCAUUUUCAACGAAGCCAUGAUCUUCUCCGUGCCGUCUAUUGUUCUGCAGGAGCUCUCACUGAGGGUGACAGUGGCAGAGGCCACAGAUGAUGGCCGAGGUGAGAACCUCGGUCAUGUGAUCAUCGGCCCUGAGGCCAGCGGGAUGGGAAUCACCCACUGGAACCAGAUGCUGGCCACUCUGAGGAAGCCUGUGUCCAUGUGGCACCCUCUGCGCAGGAUCUAGUCAUCUCAGCACAUACCUGACCCGAUUCAAGUACAACACUCACUUCUACCUGUUCCUUUGAACUCUCACUUUGUUGUCAUGUUUGUGAUCAGAUGUCUUUGUUUAAACGUUUGAAGUGAGUUUUAAUUAAGAAAAGGAGCCCAGCCUUUGCAGAUGCACUCCCUCCCUCUGCAUGGUGCCUGCACUGGCUGAAGCUGAACGGACGCGGGGGGUGAAGUUGCUUCUCUUUCAGGAAAAAACCACUUAUUAGUCUUUUCAAAGCAGUCCCUAAUUGCACCUACUUGACUGAAUCGGUUUUAGAGUUGAGAUAUGUUAGAGAUGUUAGCUCUUUUGGAUUUGCUUAUCUAAUUUGUUAAUAGUGAGGUUGAUUAAUAUCAGAGGUUUUGGUAUGUUCUGUAUUUAUUGUGCUUUAGAAGAAAAAAAAAAUCCAGGUACUCUUAUCCAGGUGAAAUAAUUGUAAUUUGUAGCAGUGGUUACAGGGUGGUAAAAUCAGAUGUAAUCAGCAUAUAAAUAUCCUGCUACAUUAUUCUGUUUUUACCACGAUUAACGCAAUACUAGUUACAUAAGCAUAUUUGGAAGUGUAAAUAGUGCACUAUAACAUUGUUCUCAUUUUAACUUUUUCUCUUCUGGGUGUAAAAGAAAUGUUUUUCAUAUUAUGACUACUAAUAAACAUUGAACACCAUUUAUACAGCUCUAUAUUUAACACCCAUGUCAUUACUGAUUGAUUAAUUAUUGUUAUUAAAACACCUCUGGGAACUGAAUCUGUGAUGUAGAGUAAACUAACCCCUUUAAAUGGGUUUAAAGUUUCUUUUACGUUAGAGGACACAUAUUAAUAUCCUGUGUGUUUUUCACUGGGUCCUUGUCGCACUCGUUCUAGCUUUUGUUCCUAAGCUGCCUGCAAGCGCUCCUGGUCGAAGGAGCUGGGGGCAGUUUGAAGGGUGGGUGGUUAAAAACGCUGAAACAUUCAAAUGAAGACAGCGUGGCAAGAUCGGUGCAAAGGUCAGGAUGUUAAGAUGGCUUUUUAUCCCUCUGGGAAAUUCUCUACAACGUUGUGCAAUAGUGCUGUUUUUCUUGUAACUUCUGAAUGUGAAUUAUCAUGUGAAAUAUCCGCUAACACUAAAAGCAUAAUUAGCCUUAUGCAUUGUUGUGACCUUUCUUUCCAGACAUCAAUUCUAACCUCACUUUGAAUACACCUGUGGUCAUUUAAUAGGCGAGAUUUCCUACUGUGCCAAAUAAUGAAGCAAUAUUUUCAUUUACAGUCAGCAUUUGCAUUCAGUUCAAUGAAGCUGUAGGUAACAUUCAAUCAUGCAUGAAGUUAUUUAGCACUUGAUGUGAAUGUGCCUCAUGGAUACAAUGUAUUGUGUGAAUGCAGUUUGAAAUAAAAAGCAAUUCAACAGUC